AUGCCGGUGAGGAGGGGUCAUGUUGCGCCGCGGAACACAUAUAUAGAUGCUCUCAUAAAAAAAUUUGACAAUAAAUAUGCAGCUUUUAUCAUAGCCAAUUCAAAUAUUUUCUGCAGUCCUAUAAUAUUCUGCAGCGCCGACUUCUGCAGCCUUUUUUCAUAUUCGAAAGCACAGUUGUUACUAAAGCCAGCGAACCAUCUAAAGCGUUGUGAACUGUCUAUUGCCCCAUUGAAAGACGAAUUUGGCCAUGUACCCCUACAUAUAAUAUUUUUCGAGGAAUGCGAUUUGGUAAAUGCUGACUGUGAACACGAAAGCUACGACAUCUGUAAGGAGCCACAGAAAUUUUCAACCAUUACAAAUGUCCUCUUUCAUCGCGGCAGAGGGUCCAGUUCAAGCAUCAGAAGAGCAAGUCAGAAGAUUGUCAGGGCUUUAUCUGUACACCAUGACACAUUGCCUAAGCCGCCAGAUCUCGAACGACGGUCAUCCGAACACGUUCUCGGUCGAUCCAACCAUAAAGCUGCUAUCGUCAGUUUAUUUGGACAGGAAUCGCUGCCCUCAUUCCCCUUGGAGGUUGACUUUGACGCAAAAACCUGUGUACCUUUCCUUGUAAAGAUGUCCGGUGUGACCACGCUGAUGCCAUUCGGAGACCGAAUCCUUCCUGCUCGGCGUUAUUGCGUUCCUCAACCAACCGAAGGUCAGCGGACAGUGAGCUAA